UUUCGAACCAGUGAGCUGAAAAGUCACAGUUGAAGACAAUGAUGCAGAAAUACACUCAACUUUACGUGCUUCUAGCAUGUUUAAUUAACUUUGUCAUUUUAGAACCGUGCCAGACACCAGAUGGGAGAUAUGGUGACUGCAAGUUGAUAUCUCAAUGCCCUGAACUGGACUACAUCUAUAAAAAUCAAAAGUCAUAUUAUUACCAAGACUAUCUACGCCGAAGUAAAUGUGGCGACGAUAUUUUUGGGGUCUGUUGCCCUGCCGUGCCCUUAUAUAUUCCACCAUACCAAACAUACGAACCAUACCAAACACACGCACCAUACGAAACAACCCUUUCAUCACAAGAACGUCCCGGUGUAUUACCCGACCAUAACAUGUGUGGACAUCAAGCGAUGGAGUCUCGUAUAAUAAACGGAGUUAAUACGAGCGUGACCGAUUUUCCGUGGUUUUCUUUAAUCGAAUAUACAAAACCAAAUGGCGAAAAAAGCCAUAAUUGUGGUGGAGUUCUCAUAAAUGAGAACUAUGUCUUAACAGCUGCACAUUGUGUGAUCGGUGCCGAUUUGACUAGAUUUCGAUAUACAUUGACAGGUGUUCGACUUGGCGAAUGGAAUAUGGAAACUAACCCCGAUGACGACGACGGCCAAAGGGCGGAUCCAGUAAAAAAUAUCCCUGUUGUCAAAACUAUUUCACACGAGGGAUAUGAUCCAUAUUCAAAAUCACAAAGAAAUGAUAUUGCGCUGCUACGUUUAGCGCAACCGGUCACAUAUUCGCGUUUUGUGCGGCCAAUUUGUUUACCUACAACGAGAGAUACAGCUAACAUAAAUUAUGACGGAGAACCACUAAAAAUUUGUGGAUUCGGGAAGACUGAGACAGGAUUGAACAGUCCUGUUAAGUUGAUGGCUGAGGUGGACGUGGUUUCAAUGGAAAUAUGUUCGGAAAAGUUUCGUUCACAAAAUGUUAACCUGAGCGAAAAGCAAAUAUGUGCUGGCGGUGAGGUUGACUCGUGCCGAGGUGAUUCAGGUGGUCCGCUCAUGAUAAGACAUAGAUCCGAUCAAACAACAGAAUUUCAUCUUUUAGUAGGAAUCGUGUCUUUUGGCAAAUCGCCCUGCGGACAAAAUGGAUGGCCCGGCGUUUAUACAAGAGUCGAUAAGUACAUCGACUGGAUACGAUCCAAAAUUAAAGCCUGAACAUUCCACCGAUACUGUAUUGAAGAGAUUAUCCAGACCAGUUGAUGCGUAAAUAGAACAAAAAUACCAAAAUAAAUUCAGAAAUCCAAAUUAAUUAUCACUCAAUAAAUGUGAGAAAAACGAAAUGGACCAACCGGCUAAGCCUAUGAAGAGACAGAAUGCGUAAUCCCCUCAUUCAUGCCAUCUUGUUUUCCAUAGUUGAACUCAAUUUGUUGCACUGCAUUGAAUCGAAAAAGAGAAAAAACAACAACAAUGGAAUGAAAGACUGAAGAGAGCGUAAAUGUGUAUGUAUGCAUCAGCACAGAUGUACAGCUCUGUGUGGCCAUACUAUUGUUGUUGUUUUUUCUCCUCUUUUUCGUUUCAAUACGACUGAUCUAAAUCAAGUUCACUGGACAUAAAUGGAGAUGGCGUGGGUAAAAAGUUCCCGUAAAAAUAAUUCUCCAAUCUCAUACAAAUAUAGACCGGUUGAAAUGGACCUAUUUACGCUUUUGCACAAUGGAAUACUCACUUUAAUACAAUAUCUGACAUAUUUGAACUAAAAACAAUACUUUUUCUUGACCGAAAUCAUUGACAAAUA